AUUCCCCGUCAAAAUUCCACCCAAAAGCUGACCGUCAGUAUCACAAUGUACCUCUCAACCCUCAUCCUCCUCCCUCUCGCUUACGCACAAGAAGCACGCAUGCUCCGCUUCGCGUGCUCCCAACUCGUAGUCGAGCGAGUAGACCCCCUCGUUUCCCCAGGCAUCAUUGGAAGUCCCCACGUGCACCAGAUCGUGGGGGGGAAUGCCUUCAAUGCCACCAUGGAACCGGUCGUCUACGAUUUGCCGACGGAGAGGACGUGUACGAGUUGUACCUUCAGUGAGGAUUUCAGUAAUUAUUGGACGGCGGUGCUUUAUUAUCAGGCGAGGAAUGGGACGUUUAGGAGGGUGCCGCAGAUGACGAAUGGGAAUCUGGUGCAGAGGGGGGGGAUUACGGUUUAUUAUAUUGCGCCUUAUGAUGGGGUUAGUGGGGUUACUGCUUUUAGUCCGGUAUGUAUGAUUACUUGCUUAUGGAUUGGGCUUGUUGGAUCUGUCUUGGGUCCAAGGGGGAUGGCGACUGACCAUCGCACAUUGGUACAUUCUCAAGAGCCACCUACUUUUUCAAUAGAGCAAGAACACUCACCAGCUCGAAUUCCUAACUCACGUCACAGGGCUUCCGAAUGCUAGCAGGAAACCCCACACUGCGCACCACAUCAGGCGAAUCGCGAGGAAUCUGCCAUCGCUGUUUCGAAGGCGUAGACUUCAUACCCUUCGGCGGAGCACCAUGCACAGGAAACGACACCACGCAUCUACCCAACCAUUUCUGUCCUGGUGGAAUCCGAACACAGGUCACCUUCCCAACCUGUUGGGAUGGUAAAAACCUCGAUUCGCCAGAUCAUCAAAGUCACGUCGCUUACGCGACGAUUCCCUUUGAACCCUACGCGGAUCCUGUGGUUACGCGUCCGUAUACUGUAGAGCAGGAGAGAGGGAAGUGUCCUGAGGGUUUCCCGGUUAGGUUGCCGCAGUUGAUGUAUGAGGUUAUGUGGGAUACGGCGCGGUUUAAUAGUAAGGAGCUUUGGAGUGAGGAUGGGAGUCAGCCUUUUGUUUAUGCGAUGGGGGAUGCGUGAGUUUGAGAUUCAUCCCCUAGUAAAGUGAAGUUGGGGUGAGAAAUUGAGUAAACUGACGAGAUGGUUUAGUACUGGGCAUGGUCAGCAUGGUGACUAUAUGUUUGGUUGGAAAGGAGAUUCUUUGCAACGUGCUAUGGAUGCUCGUUGUGCGGGUGAAAGAUGUGACGGGGUUCUUCUUCGGCAAUCGGAUGAAGACGCUAUGAAGUGUACUAUUGAGCAGACUAUGAAGGAGGAUGUUGAGGGUGAUAAUUGUGAGUUAUACCUCCCCGGCUUGGCAUACAAAUUUUGGAGAAUUCAUAAUGAUUCGAGAUAUUCAGGGCUUGAGAGUAUUCCAGGAGGUGUUGUUAUCAGCUGAUAUUUGUUUUUUUUUGGAAGGUUGAAUAUCUAGGGGUGUGGAUGUAGGUAGAUCCUGUACGAGUAAUCUUGCAUAAUCGACGAUCUGAACAUG